AUGACUUCCCUCCACAACAGCGCACAUCUAGGACUGAACCAGAACCACGACAUUAUCUGUGAGGGAUGGAUGCUCAAGAAACGCAGGAAGAAGAUGCAGGGCUUCGCGAGGCGCUACUUUGUCCUCCACCGCUCAGGGGUCUUGUCCUAUUCCUUUGACCCCAAGCACCCUAGCCGCGAUGAGAUUUUCUUACCCAACGCUGCGGUAUCCACUGCUCCUGGUCGGAAAGACAUCCAUAUAGACUCAAACAACGCCACGUUCCAUGUCAAAUGUCUCUCCGCGGACGAUUUCAACACGUGGAUGUUCGCGUUCAGGAAAUGUAUUCCUUCAGAGUCUCGUAAAUCAACAAUGGGGAGGGCUACCCCUACUCAGCGGGUGGCCCAUUCGCAGUCUAACAUGGCCGGCGCUAUCGUCGAAGCCAUGGGGGCAUCAAUCGCGGAGCUUGAGCAAGCGAUCGGUACGUUGGAGGCCGAAGAGGCGUCCAAGAGAAAUCCUGGUUCUCUCAAGUCCAAGGCAGAAAAAGACAAGUACAAAGAGCACACCAAAGACGCAUCGAUGUUCAGUCUUUUCAAGAAGCCUGGAGGACAUUCCGAGAGCAACUCCUCGCAUCGAGGUCAUCCCGAGAAUACAACGUUCCUUCAUUUCCAACGUAUCCAGGAGAUUAUGGAUGCUCUCAAGUCGCAGCAGGCUGAUUUACUCAGAUCACUGCAUGCGCCGCCCCACACGGACAAUGCACCGCCCGCUCCUACGCUAUUGGCAACGACUCCUGAAGAACGAGGCGACUUCCGCUCACCAUCACGCUUCUCUACUCUCGCAGGACGGCAAUCAAGACGAAUGUCGCGGAUGUCGGUAUCCACAACUGCCAGCGACGCGGAAUGGUUCGAUGCUGGCGAAGAGUUUACUCUAGAUGAGCCAACCCCUGAAGAGGAGAAAGCAGACGUUGCUGCCGAAGAUGAUGAUGACGAUAUCCAUGAUUCCGGCUCGUCGGACGAAGAAUGCCACCCCACUCCAACUCGUAGACCAAGUCGGGCCAGCAGGACACCGUCGCAGUUGAGCGCCAAGCAUGUCGUUCGUCGGACACAGCUACCAUCCGGUCCUGUUGGCGAUGAAGGUAGCCUCUUUACGAUACUGAAAAAGAACGUUGGCAAGGACUUGUCUACGAUUGCGGUCCCGGUUUCAUUUAAUGAGCCGCUAUCGUUGUUACAGCGCAUGGCCGAGGAAGUUGAAUAUCACACUCUUCUCGAUCAAUGUGCGAAAGCCACCGACCCAGUCGAGCGUAUCUGUCAUGUCGCCGCGUUCGCUGUUUCAAGUUACGCCCACACCAGAUAUCGUUCAGGCAGGAAAGGCUUCAACCCUAUGCUGGCGGAGACAUUUGAAGAUGUGCGGAUGAAGUUCAUUGCGGAGAAAGUGUCGCACAAUCCAGUCAUCUUGGCCUAUCAUGCCGAAGGCGAGGGAUGGGAGCUAUAUGCAACUUCGGCUGGAAAAACAAAGUUUUGGGGAAAAAGUCUGGAGAUUAUACCUCUUGGGGCUACCCAUCUCAGGAUAAGUGAUGCACACUACACUUGGAACAAGCCAUCAUCGUUCAUGCGGAACCUGAUGAUGGGCACUAAGUAUCUCGAGCACGUCGGCAAAAUGACCAUCGAGAGCGUCCACGACAAAUAUAGCUGUGUUCUAGAGUUCAAACAAAGCGGCUACUGGGGCGCAUCCAAUGAGGUGUCCGGAGUUGUCACGGACGCUCAUGGGAAGAAGCUAGCCACGCUAGAGGGAAAGUGGGACGAACAGAUCGCGCAAGUGCUCGACUCGUCGCAUCUCAAGGUACUGUGGCGAAUGACGCCUAUGCCGAAGGAGGCGUUGGAGUACUAUGGAUUCACAGCGUUUGGAAUCACGCUGAACGAGAUCACGCCUGAUAUGAAUGGAUGCUUGCCACCAACUGAUUCGAGAUUGCGGCCAGAUAUUCGGGCGUUAGAGGAAGGUGAUGGGGACAAGGCAGAGGCGGAGAAGACUAGAGUGGAAGAGGCUCAGAGAGAAAGGAGGAGAGCAAGCAGAGAAAGGCAGCCGAGAUGGUUCAGGCAAGACGGCGAGGAGUGGGUGUACACUGGGGGAUAUUGGGAAACGAGGAGCAGUAGUGGCUGGAAGGAGGCGUCUGUUGAGCCAUUGUGGUGA